AUUUUCUGUGGUUGAACUCACCAACUGUCCUUAUGCUUGUAUAAGUUAUAGUAGAAUGGGGUUGGGGUGCCAUAGUUCACCCAAUAAAAGAAGAAAACGGUUAUCCAACGUUUAAGGCGUACGUUGCCAUGGAAGAAGGAGCACAUGAAAAACUGCUGCAUCUAACUUUUGAUGAAGCACAAGGAGCAGAGUCAUCAACAAAUGCAAAAAACAGCAUCCUUCAAUCAUGUAAAUUCAUACUAUGGCUCCAAAUAUUUAUCUUCACAUUUUUUACUCUUGGUGGCCAAGCAGCUGGCACUCUGUUGGGCAGAGUAUACUAUGAGCAAGGUGGCCAAAGCAGAUGGAUUGCUACAUUGGCACAAACUGCUGGAUUCCCAUUUGUUCUGCCUUUUAUUUGCUAUCCUUCACCCAAAAAUCACAAUGAACAGCCUGUUAGCGCCUCUAUAUUUGUUCGCUCUUCGGUUUACAUCUUCCUUGGUUUAUUUCAAGUAGCAAACUCUAUGUUAUUUACAGCUGGAUUACAGUACCUUCCCGUCUCAACUUACUCCCUCAUUUCCGGUUCUCAAUUGGCAUUCACUGCGCUCACAUCGUUCUUCCUCAAUGGACAAAAAAUCACUCCAAUUAUACUCAACUCCGUCGUGCUACUCUCCUUUUCAUCCUCUGCUAUUAUUUUCCAGAAUGAGACGGGUGAUAGCGGAGAAAUAUCUCAGAAAUCUCUGCUAAUAGGAUUUGCAGCUACCACUUUCGGGUCUCUCGGCUUUGCCUUGCAGUUCUCUCUAACAGAACUUGCGUUCCAAAAGGUAUUCAAAAGUGGCACGUUAAAAGUAGUCAUGAAAAUGUCGUUUUUCAUCGGUCUUUUCGUGACUCUUACUUCUACCAUAGGGCUUUUUGCAAGCGGUAAUUGGAAUGAUUUAGAGAAGGAAAUAGGAGAAUACAGAACAGGGAAAUUGUCAUAUGUUAUAAACUUGGUUUGUACUGCCAUUUCUUGGCAAUUGUACGCUGUUGGUUCAUUUGGAUUGUGUUACAAGGCCUCUGCUUUAUUCUCUAAUGUGAUCAUCAAUUUGGGAUCUUCAGUUGUGCCAAUUUUUGCUAUGGUGUUCUUGAAAGAUAAGAUGAGUGGAUUGAAGGUGUUUUCAUUGUUAUUGGGGUUAUGGGGAUAUGCAUCAUAUAUCUAUCAACAUUAUCUGGAUGAUUUAGAGGCAAAAGCAAGUGAAUUUAAAUCCCCAGAUGAUCAGGAUGAUAAUUUGAAUGAUGGUUUAGCUUAUGAUUUGGAUUGAUAGUGUUAGUGUGACAUUUUAAUAUUAAUAAAAAUAUAUCAUAUGUCACAUUAUGUAUCAUGUUAUGUCCGUUGGUGGACAUUACAUUUGCGCCUCUUUACUUUCAUUGAUUGUGGUAGAACGUGGUCAUUAGUUAUUAGUAAAUUUUGUAACCACCAACUCUUCAUAUUGCUCA